CGUCUGCCGCCGCUGUCAUUCGACUGCCGCACACUCCCGCGGCAGGAGGAGCGAGGAAGAAGGGAGGAGGAAAGGAGGACGUGAGGGAAGGAAGCGUGGAGGCAACAGCUGCAGGAAGGAGGAAGGAGAAUUUCUGCAAAGAGCAAACCUUUUUUUCCUGCGGGAUUUCUUUGUGCAGAGACCAGCGAGCGCCGUCGAAGAGAGGAACCCUUUUUUUUUUUUUCUUCCCUGCCUGCUGACGCUGGUCUGCUCGCCGUGAUGCAGGAGGCAUGCUGGGGGGUGUGAGGGGCGCACUCACGAUGGAGAGCUCCAAGGCAUAUGGCCAAGCGGGCGGCAAGACCCUAGGGGCCAAGAGGGCCAAACCCGGGGGGGCUCAGAGCGCCCAGCGGGGCGAACUCAAGGUCUACCGUGCGGGGAGUACCGAGGGCAGGCUCCCGGUGGCCUCCAGCCUGCGCAAGCAGAGGUCCAUGACCAACCUGGCGGUGCUGACUGACGCGGAGAAGAAGCUGCACCUGUACGAGCCCAGGUGGUGCGACGACAUGGCCAAACACGGCGGGCCGAGGAAGCCGGCCAAACCCGUGGCUAAGGUGGCGGGAGGCGGCGCCCCGCUUUCUCGAAACCUCUCCAAAUCGGAGCACUCCCUCUUCCAGGGAAAACCCAAGCCUUUCGCCCCUCUGGCCGCCCCCUCCGCCCCCGCCAAGCAGAGUCGGAUACCGCGGGCUCCGUUCGCCGAGGUGAAGCCCCUCAGCAAGGCCCCCGAGGACCCCAGGUUCGAUGAUGAGAUCCUCUCCAGCAAGGCCAAGACCGCCACCAGGAAAGCGGGAGCCGGCGAGUCAGACUCCAAGGGGCAGGGCGAGGAAGCAGGCGACAAAGCCUUCCUGAAGGUGGACCCUGAGCUUGUGGUGACGGUGCUGGGAGACCUGGAGCAGCUGCUCUUCAGCCAGAUGUUAGAUCCUGAGUCGCAGAGGAAGCGCACGGUUCAGAAUGUCCUCGACCUCCGCCAGAAUUUGGAAGAUACCAUGUCAAGUCUGCGAGGCUCCCAGCUUAGCCACAGCUGUUUGGAGAGCAGCAACGUGGCGUACGACAGCGACGAGACCAAUGCCCGCAGCAUGUCCAGCCUUUCCAACCGCUCCUCGCCGCUGUCCUGGCGCCAUGGCCAAUCUAGUCCUCGCCUCCAGGCGGGCGACGCCCCCUCCUCCUCCACGGCGGGAGGAUACCAGGGGGUCAAGACCACCUGCCAGACCAUGCCCGCUCGCUGCUCGGGCCGCCUUAGCAGCACGUCACGCAUCGAGCUGCUGGACGGGCUGGAGGAGGGCGAGCUGAAGUCCCGCUACCUGAGCGACAGUGACCUUCUGGGGAAGUGCCUGCCGGAUGACGAGGACAACCUCGCUAAUGGCUGGGAUGAAAGCAGCUCCAUCAGCAGUGGUCUCAGUGACGGUUCAGACAACCUCAGCUCGGAGGAGUUCAACGCCAGCUCGUCCCUGGGCUCCCUCCCCAACACGCCCCUAGGGUCCAGACGCAACUCCUCAGUGAUGCUCCGCACCGACGCCGAGAAGCGCUCCUUGGUGGAGAGCGGACUCUCCUGGUACAGCGAGGACGGCAAAACGGGCCUCAAGCCGGACGCCUGCGGCCCCUCGGACGCAGACGGUCUCAAGACGGAAGCGGCCAGCAAGUGGAGGAAGAAGCCUCCCGGCCUGAGUGAGGACCUGGGGGCCAGAGGGGACCUGAGGAAGCCCCAGAGUUUGGGCGCACCAGGGAGCUUCAAGAAGAGCCGGAACCCUCCGGUGGGAGUGACCUCACCCAUCACGCACACGUCUCAGAGCGUGCUGAGAGUAGCAGCGCCCAAAAGUGAGAAGCCCCAGGAUAGGUCCAAAGUUUCCAUCAGGACUGCGGGUCUCCAGAGGUCACGGUCCGAUGCAGGCCGGGACCAUCACAUCAUGGAGCCCCGUAAGCCCCCUUCUGGUUUGGUCAAACCCACCACCGGCGCCUCCUUCGGAUACAAGAAGCCUCCCCUGGCCACUGGUACCGCCACGAUGCUGACAGCAGGGGGCAGCGCCGUCUCCGGGGGCUCUGCAACCGUGGGGAAAACUCCCAAGUCCACAGGGAUCCCGGUGAAGCCCAUGGGGGGCCGCAAGAACAGCUUUGACGCCAGCAGCGAGCAGAGUUUUCUGGGGCCGAAUGCCCGAAACAGCAUCCAGUACCGCAGCCUUCCUCGGCCCGCAAAAUCCAGCACGCUCAGCGUGAUCGGUCGCCCGGCAUCCCGACCUGUCAGUAGCGCUAUCGAUCCUAGUCUCUUGACUCUGAAGCCGGUCAGCAUGGCCUUAGCCAAUCCACGCGUGAAAGAACCUUCCGCUUUUGGCGGUAAAAUGUCGAAUCGGACAUUCGCCGGCCCCGUCAACCAGACGGACAGAGAGAAGGAGAAGGCCAAGGCCAAAGCUGAUAUGGACUGUUGCUCGCUCAAAGGGGACCAGGUCUUGUCCGAGUCCUCACGAGAGUCCGUGGUGAAAAUGCACGGCUUGAGACGGACCAGCAGCAGCAGAUAUCCCGAACUGUCAUCACCCACAACACCCAGGAUGUUGGCCAAGGGUCCUCUGGGUCGUCCCCCUAGCUUGGCUCACCAGGACAAGGUCAACUCCAACAGCCUGGACUCCUGCGUGACUAUUCAGGACCUCCCACCCAAAGUUCCCCCUUACUCCAAGCUCCAGGACCUGGCCGCCUCCCACUCGUCGGCCCGUCUGACCCCGAGCCCGGCACCCGUGCUCCACAUCGACUCCCCCAGCUCCUACACCUGCGAGAGCCUGGGAACGUCCCCUCUGCUCUACCGCAAGCUGUCCAGCGUGCACCGCAGCAUGGAGUCUCUGCCCCUCCAGAUGAGCGUGGCCUCCUGUGCCAGGAUGACCUCCACGGAGAGGGGUGCGGGGACUUGGGGCGCCGGCAGCAGGACAUCCCUCAACAUCUUGGAAGGGAUGCAGGUGGACCGGAACACGUUGCCCAAGAAAGGCUUGGAACGCUGCGGCUCCAGCCUGUCGGACAGUGACAGCACCAAACCCGGCAGACGACACUCCCACAAUGUCAGCACCAGUGAGAGCCCACCUCAGCUGCCUUCACCCCCCCGCCCACGGCACCUCCUCCACAGCACCAGAGCCCCUCUCACCAACGUGGUGGCCCCAAUCUCGUCGGGCCCUCAGAGGAUGUCGCGCUCCAACAGCAUCGGGCCUCCCAGCGACUCCGCCUGCGAGCUGUAUGGCUCCUCCCCCCUAGGCAGCAGCAUGUCCCUAGCCGACAGGCCCAAGAGCAUGAUGCGUUCAGGGUCUUUCCGGGAACCGGCAGACGACGUGCACGGAUCUGUUCUCUCUUUGGAGUCCAACGCUUCCUCCAACUACUCUACCGAGGAAAAGAUCCAAGGAGAGCAAAUCCGCAGCCUGAGACGUGAGCUGGAGUCUUCACAGGAAAAAGUGGCCGACUUGACCAUGCAGCUGACUGCUAACGCGAACCUGGUAGCUGCUUUCGAACAGAGUCUGGCACUGAUGACGGCUCGUCUGCAGACCUUGUCUGUGUCCUCAGACCAGAAGGAUUCCGAACUGAAUGAGCUGAGGGAGACCAUUGAGAUUCUGAAGACCAAAAACACAGAAGCCCAGGAAAUCAUUCACGGGGCUCUCAAUGACUCCGAGCUGGCAUCUAAAGAGCUGCAGAUCAAGCGUCACAACUCGUCAGAGAGCAUCUGCAGCCUGACCAGCACCACCAGCCUCUCCAGCCUGGGCAGCCUGAAGGAGCAGGAGGCCAAGAAGAAGAAGAAGAAAAGCUGGUUACGCAGCUCCUUCAACAAGGCCUUCAGCAAGAAGGGCUCCAAGCAGACAGGGCCCUACGCUGACAUCCAGGAAAUUGCCACGCCGGAGUCAUCGGCCCCUUCGUCGCCCAAAGUCCACCGUGACGGAGGUGACCCUCCGUUGUCCUCCAUGAAGACCUCCGCGUCAUCGUCUGGACUCCGUGAAGACGGCGAGCCAGGGGACGACAAGGUCGUGUCCAACCUGCGAUCGGAACUCUGGGAGAAGGAAAGGAAACUGACUGACAUCCGCCUGGAGGCUUUAAGCUCCGCCCAUCAGUUGGAGCAGCUGCAGGAGACCAUGACCAGCAUGCAGAGGACGGUGGAGAAUCUGAAGGUGGAGAACGACCAACUGAGGACCAGCGGGGGGUCGCCCUGCUCGUCUCCUGGACCCUCAAGCUCCGCCUCCCAGUCCUCGGGUCUCACGUCGCUCUGUGGUUCUUCACCGCGACAGUCGGUAGCCGUGGGUAAAAGCUACGGCAGAAGGCUGAGUGACGGAACCAGCGCAGAUUCCACCGAGUACGGCGGCCUGUCCUGGCAGAGGGAUGACCACCGGGUCAGGGUGGUGGUCUGCGUGGCCCAGUUCCACGUCUUCAAAGAUCAGGAGGUCAAGCAGACUCAUCUGUUCCUUGGCACCGUCAGGGUCAACGGGAGGAUGGACUGGCCCAUGCUGGACUCGGCCGUCAGCCAGGCCUUCAAGGUUUACAUUGCCAAAGUGGACCCAACCUCUAGUCUGGGCCUGUCCACAGACUCCAUCUUCACUUACAGUAUCGGACACAUCAAGAGGGUUCUGGGGGGGGACGCCCCCGAGACUCAGCCCUCUCGCUGCGUAUCCCGAGGACCUGGCGGGAUCACCGUGGCGCUGAAAGGCCUGAAGGAGAAGUGCGUGGACAGCCUGGUCUUUGAGACCCUCAUACCCAAGCCCAUGAUGCAACACUACUUCGGCCUGUUACUUAAACACCGCAGACUUAUCCUGUCUGGGCCCAGCGGGACAGGCAAGACCUACCUGGCCUCCCGCCUGGCGGAAUACCUGGUGGACCGCAGCGACCGCGGAGUCUCUGACGGCAUGGUGGUGACCUUCAACAUGCAUCGGCAGUCGUGCAAGGAUCUGCAGCUCUAUCUCUCCAACCUGGCAAAUCAAAUCGACCGAGAGAGCAGCUUGUCCGAAAACCCUCUUGUCAUCAUUGUGGACGACAUUCAUGAUCCGGCUUCAGUCAGCGAGCUGGUGAACGGGGCACUCACCUGCAAAUAUCACAAAUGUCCGUACAUCAUCGGGACCAGCAACCAGCCAGUGAAGAUGACCGCCAACCACAGCCUGCACCUCAGCUUUAGAAUGGUGACCUUCUCCAACAAUGUGGAGCCAGCCAACGGCUUCUUGGUGCGAUACCUCCACAGGAAGCUGAUGGAGUCUGAAGAUGAGAGAUGCUUGACCAAUGAAGACCUGAUCCGGGUGCUAGACUGGGUUCCCAAACUGUGGUAUCACCUGCACACUUUCCUGGAGAAGCACAGCACUUCUGACUUUCUCAUUGGACCCUGCUUCUUCCUAUCCUGUCCAGUCACAGUGGAUGAGUUCCGAUCAUGGUUCAUUGACCUAUGGAACCAUUCUAUAAUUCCCUACUUGCAGGAAGGAGCAAAGGACGGCAUAAAGUUACACGGCCAGAAAGCGGUAUGGGAGGACCCUGUGGAGUGGGUAAGGGACACGCUGCCUUGGCCUUCUGCCCAGCAGGACCAGGCUAAGCUGUCCCACCUUCCUCCCCCAAGCAUCAGCUCCAGCAGUCCCGGUCAGUCCAGCGAGGAGAAGUCUCGUAAGGAGACGACCCCAAGCUCUGUGGAAUCGGAUCCGCUGAUGGCAAUGCUUUUGAAGCUUCAAGAGGCUGCCAAUUACCUGGAAUCACCAGACAAAGACGAGCCCAGCCUGCCGAGACUGUGACCAAGCUUACACUUAACCUUCAUACUUCAUAUCAAAACGUCACAGUCAUUAUUACUUGUCUGCUGUAAAAACGGUACACUGCACAUUCAGGAAUCCUAAGAAAGGGUUGCAAGUUUCAUUCCUACAAUGCAGGUCAUGCAGUUUUUCCAAGAAGGUAUAGCGAUUGAAAAACAGAUUACAUACCCGAUUCCCUUCAGGUUCCUCUUUAUCCUCAGUCCUCUUCUUAGAUUGGUGCUAAUAGUUUAAGAUGAAACACUUCAGGUGAUGUCUCAAACAGUGCAUCAUGGGAUAGGUCAGCUGUUCUCACACGCGGUAUUGUAAGGUGCCCGGCUGUGGAAACCAAAGAAAGAGAGUAUGACAGCAUGAUGGAAGUUGCUGAACCGUGUCCUUCGCUUAGCUUCACAUUAUGCAAUCCUCAACGUUCCAACCAGAGCAGGUAAAACUCAAAUUCAGAAAACCAAAACAAGUUGCCUUAAAAACAAAAAUGUCUGCAUCACCACAACUUAAGCAGCUCACACCGGUGCUUACAUCAUUUGAACCAGCUCGUCCAGUUUCAGGUUGUUAGCUGGUCCAUGGAGGCAUUCAGAGACUGACCAUUGCUGUCAUACUCUUUUUGAUGCCAGCUGAUCACUGCACUGUACUCUUCCAGCACUACAGUAUUUGCUUCACCGUCAAGUGUGGAAUAUCACCAUUGCUGCCAUGUACACUAUACCAAGUAUUCUGACUGGAAUGACUUGACCAGGAUGAUGACACAGUUUGAAUCCCCUUAUUUGAAACUGGAUGCUGAAGGAGUAUUAGGGCCACACUGAAAAGAAAAAAGAGAAUAGUUAAAGUUAGGUAGCAAUGCCUUCGAUGAGGAUCUUGACAAUCUAAGUCUAAGACUACAUGUGACCGAUCUAAGUAUAAGACUAGAACCGAUCAAUCUAAGUCUAAGAAUAGGUCUUGCCCAAUUAAGUCUAAGACUAGUUCUGGCCAAUCUAAGUUAAAGUUAACAUACCAAUGAUUCAAAUUAUUCUCUGCAUUUUACUCAUCACCCUUGAUCACCCCCCUGGGAGGUGAGGGGAGCAGUGAGAAGCAGCAGUGGCCGUGCCCGGUAAUCAUUUUGGUGAUAUAACCCCCAAUUCCAACCCUUGAUGCUGAGUGUCGAGUCUAAGACUAGAUUUAAUUAUUCUAAGUCCAAGACUAGUUCUGAAUAACCGGAGUCUAAAACUAGAUUUGACCAAUCUAAUUCCCAAGCUUCUGACCAAUUUAAGUCGAAGACUAAAUGUCACCAAUCUAAGUCUAAGACUAGAUCAGCCUAAUUGAAGUCUAAGACUCGAUUUGACCAAACAAAAUCUAAGACUAGAUCAGACCAAUCUAAGUCCAAGACUAGAUCAGACCAAUCUAUGUCCAAGACUAGAUCAGACCAAUCUAAGUCUAAGACUAGAUCAGACCAAUCUAUGUCUAAGACUAGAUCAGACCAAUCUAAGGCUGAAACUAAAUGGGACCAAUCUAAGUCUAAGACUAGAUGUGGCCAAUCUAAAUCUAAGACUAAAUGUGACCAAUCUAAGUCCAAGACUAGACCUAACCAAUCUAAGUCUUUGAUCAUGAACUGAUGAAGUCUAAUUGGAUGAGAGACCAAACGUCUUCCAAAACAAACCAAACAGUCCAGUUGCGAUGCAUUUAAUGUCAUGAGACUACAAUGACCUGGUGAAUGAGACCCGUCCAUUGACAUAGCUUGCAUUAUCUGGCCCGUACAGAUGGAAAAUAAAAUGUACCAGUUAGGCAGUGCAACAAUCAAGUAAUGCAAGUUACAGAAUCUGUCUAAUAAAGUUUGUUGGCACUGACUGCUAGUAGAGUUGGUAUAGUCUGCUAUGGUAUGGUACCAUUGACAAGCUGGAAAGUUCAGCGGGUUACAUGUUAGGUUACUAGGUAACGCUUUAUUGAUCCCUAUUUUGGAUUCUUGUUGCUUAAAGAAGCUAACACAUGCUGAAUAAAAUGCUAACGCGAGCUGUUAAGAUUAGCGAAUAAAGUUGCUAGAAGUUAUUGAUUGUCAAAAUUUUUCGAUCAAUAACAGUUUUACUAAACCAUCAUAAGGUAAGAUUUUUUUUUUGUACAUGUUUUCAAGCUCCAUUUUUUGCUGAUAAAACAGUAGCAAACAAAAAUCCAAGGACUUGUUUUUUCCAAAAGCGUGUCCCUAAUACUAGAGUGCAGGCCCAGGAUGAUUUUUAGUGAGAUUGGGUACCGAAACCCAAACAUUGUUCUGAGUCACGUCUGUCACAAAUGAAUGUAGAUCAAAGGUGAAGUUUGAUGAAGUUUGCCACUCAAAAAAAUCUUAACGCUUAUUAAAAGUUGAGUCGAACGAGUUUAAAACCGACUUUGCCAAGAGAUACGUGGUGCUUUUCAACAUCGUCACAAAAUUUUUGUCGUGUUCAUGCAACAAUUCAGGGGAGUUUAGGGAGAAGGUUGAAACAGUUCUUAGUUUUUAGAAUCUUGACCACAUUUCUAGAAGUUGGCGUCACGUGAGACUCAGUGCGAUGUAUGACCGUUUCGAUCUAUUUGUGUCACAUGACGUCUGUGACCAUUCCACUCUAAGGUGCUCCAUUCGUCGUUCUUCAUUAGUAACCAGACGUAACGUAGAAACGUGUCCUUAUUGUUCUAAGAUAGAAAGGACUCAUUAGAUGACAACUCGAUAAGUUAUUUUGAUAGGAUGAAUCAAACGCUUGCUACUUCUUUUUUUUUUUAAAUUUACAUCUCAAAAUAACUCAGAUUAACUCUGUUUUUAGAAAAUACCAAAAUGGAGUUACCACACAAAAAAUGUGGGUUCAAGUCUUGUGUAGCAAAGAUGAGUUGAACAGUGAUCACCCAAAGUGUGGUUUCACAUUUUUGUAAAUAGAAAGGACUAAUCCUUGAUCUGAAGAUUGUCAUUGUCGUGCUCGUCCUAGCUGAAACUGAGGUUUGCGUCAACGUGAGUCCGGACUAGACUUCUGCUGGUGUUUGUCGGAAACAAAUAUUCUUCUGUGUGUUUGACGGGAUGGAACGGAGAGCCUUAACGUUCGGUAGGCGCUGUGUUGGAAACAGGGUAUCACGGAAAGACACGGUCUGGAUGCAGUGGCCGGGUGAAUCCUCGGUUCACGGUCGUGGUUGUCAUUUGAAUCCCAAAAAGUUUUGCAGAAACCCUACUGGAUUGCCCUAUUUUCUGAGAAACGUGUUAACUGAUCGGUAAAUGUAGACUUAACGAUAUUAUGAGAGGGUUUUACGUGUUGUAAAUGCAUGUUAACAUGACUUGUUUUUUUUAAUACCCUGAUAUUUGAUAUUCCUCUUUGUUUUUUAAAGACUCCUUUGCAAAAGGUUAUGUUCUCUAUUUUCUACGGACAUCCUUGUAAGGAUUGUAAAUAUGGCAGCAUUCUGGAUGACGCAACAAUCAUCGGAGAGGGUUCAGACUCGGGUCCAAUAAGAAUAACAAAAGUGUUAAGGCGGCCUCCAUUCAUUCAUCAACACAUCACUUUUUAUUUGGAUCAAUAAAGUUCAUGUUAUAUUUCA